GCCAAUCUCUUCUCCCAGGGAAAAAAAAAAAGUAAAUCAAACCUUUGAGAAGCAUUUGCUGGUUGAAGUGCUUUCUGUCUAGUGAGGGGGUCUGUGGAUUUCUAGUUUAUGAUAAAUAGGACUUUAAAAACCAGGGACAGGAGGGCGAGUGUUCAGGUUCUAGAGCUAUGCAGCUGGAGCACUGCCUUUCUCCUUCUAUCAUGCUCUCCAAGAAAUUUCUCAAUGUGAGCAGCAGCUACCCACAUUCAGGCGGAUCUGAGCUUGUCUUGCACGAUCAUCCCAUUAUCUCGACCACUGACAACCUGGAGAGAAGUUCACCUUUGAAAAAAAUUACCAGGGGGAUGACGAAUCAGUCAGAUACAGACAAUUUUCCUGACUCCAAGGACUCACCAGGGGACGUCCAGAGAAGUAAACUCUCUCCUGUCUUGGACGGGGUCUCUGAGCUUCGUCACAGUUUCGAUGGCUCUGCUGCAGAUCGCUACCUCCUCUCUCAGUCCAGCCAGCCACAGUCUGCGGCCACUGCUCCCAGUGCCAUGUUCCCGUACCCCGGCCAGCACGGACCCGCGCACCCCGCCUUCUCCAUCGGCAGCCCCAGCCGCUACAUGGCCCACCACCCGGUCAUCACCAACGGAGCCUACAACAGCCUCCUGUCCAACUCCUCACCGCAGGGCUACCCCGCGGCCGGCUACCCUUACCCACAGCAGUACAGCCACUCCUACCAAGGAGCCCCUUUCUACCAGUUCUCUUCCACACAGCCCGGACUGGUACCCGGCAAAGCGCAGGUGUACCUGUGCAACAGGCCCCUCUGGCUGAAAUUUCACCGCCACCAAACGGAGAUGAUCAUCACCAAACAGGGAAGGCGCAUGUUUCCUUUUUUAAGUUUUAACAUUUCUGGUCUCGAUCCCACGGCUCAUUACAAUAUUUUUGUGGAUGUGAUUUUGGCGGAUCCCAAUCACUGGAGGUUUCAAGGAGGCAAAUGGGUUCCUUGCGGCAAAGCGGACACCAAUGUGCAAGGAAAUCGGGUCUAUAUGCAUCCGGAUUCCCCUAACACAGGGGCUCAUUGGAUGCGUCAAGAAAUCUCUUUUGGAAAAUUAAAACUUACAAACAACAAAGGAGCUUCAAACAACAAUGGGCAGAUGGUGGUGUUACAGUCCUUGCAUAAGUACCAGCCCCGCCUGCACGUGGUGGAAGUGAACGAGGACGGCACGGAGGACACCAGCCAGCCCGGCCGCGUGCAAACAUUCACUUUCCCAGAGACUCAGUUCAUCGCCGUCACCGCCUACCAGAACACCGAUAUUACACAAUUGAAAAUAGAUCACAACCCCUUUGCAAAAGGAUUUCGGGAUAAUUAUGACACGAUCUACACUGGCUGCGACAUGGACCGCCUGACCCCCUCGCCCAACGACUCCCCGCGCUCGCAGAUCGUGCCCGGGGCCCGCUACGCUAUGGCCGGUUCUUUCCUGCAGGACCAGUUCGUGAGCAACUACGCCAAGGCCCGCUUCCACCCCGGUGCGGGCGCGGGCCCCGGGCCGGGCACGGACCGCAGUGUGCCGCACACCAACGGGCUGCUGUCACCGCAGCAGGCCGAGGACCCGGGCGCGCCGUCGCCGCAGCGCUGGUUUGUGACACCGGCCAACAACCGGCUGGACUUCGCCGCUUCGGCCUACGACACAGCCACGGACUUCGCGGGCAACGCGGCCACGCUGCUCUCGUACGCGGCCGCGGGCGCUGCCCAGCUCCCCGGCGUCCCGAGGGGGAGCCGCCGCCCGGAAGACGCAGGGAGCGUGGGGAGAGCCGCGCUUGGCGCGGACGCCAGGGGCACACACUCUUCCGGUGCCGGAGGCGCGGCCCCGGCCCCUCCAACCCGUGCAGCCGGAGCCUUCGAGAGAGCGCGUCAGCCCUCCUCUGGCCUCGGCAAUUCCCUGAUGGAGAGCGGCGCUGAGGACUUUGGGUGGGUCCUGGGCUUGGGCAGAAAGGGGUUAACCAGACCCGACUUCCGCCUAGGCGGGCGCGUUUUUAGAGCGCUGCCUCGGUGGGCCGAGCGGUCAGCGCGCAGCCCAGCCCGAGUCCCCGAGGCGGGCUGGGCGCCUUGGCUGCAGAGGGCACCAGCUGUGGCCUCCAGCUGGGCGACGCGAGCGAGGCCCAGCGCGGACGGCCCUGGGCUGGACAAGUUGAUGACCAGAUGUCCCAGAUUCGAGCCGAGACAGCUUUCAGAUAGAAAAAUACAGCCAGACCCAUUUUUUCCUUUCGGAAGCAAAUCUCAGUUCCUGGCCAUGAAGCUUCAUAAACAAGCAGGGCCUUGGCUGUUGAGGCACAGGGUUGCGGGGGAGGAGACAGUAGCUAUGACACUUGGUUUUUCUGCCCUUUACCUUCCACCACCAUUUCUCCCGAGGUUUUCGCCCAAUUUUGGUUACUCUGGUUUUUCACCUUUCUUCGAUCAUUAA